CCAUUACUCUAAAUAUAAAGAUGAAAUAGAGGAGAGAGAAUCAUUCUCAUUUCCGAUACAUAAGAUUCUCAAAACAUAAUAUUAAUAAUGAAAUAGCAAAAUCAAUAUCAUAAUAUUAUUUUCUUGGGCUUAUUAUUAUAGGAACUUUGCUUAAUUGCUUUGUCUUCAUCACCAAAUAUUCAAACUGAAUUUUCGGUUCUCCAGUAAACCACCUCUCUCUUUCUCUCUCUCUCACCAUCUCUCUCUAUUCGCUGUCAGGGUUUGUUCUAACUCAUUACUCAUUUUAUUUUUCAGGCUUCUUGGUGAAUAUAGUAUUUGGUGGAUGACUGUGGGUCGAAAAUACAGCAAUGAGUCGAAUGGAACUUGGGAGACCUGCUUCAGUUAAAAGAAGGUUAAAGGAUCUAUUACUUCAAAGUGAUAACCGCAUUUGUGCUGAUUGUGGUGCUCCAGAUCCUAAAUGGGCGUCGGCUAAUAUUGGAGUCUUUAUAUGCUUAAAAUGUUGUGGUGUGCACAGAAGCCUUGGUACACAUGUCUCUAAGGUUUUGUCUGUGACAUUAGAUGAGUGGUCUGAGGAUGAAGUUGAUGCCAUGAUUGAAGUUGGAGGAAAUGCCUCAGCUAAUUCAAUUUAUGAGGCUUUUAUACCAGACGGAGUUUUAAAGCCUGGACGAGAUUCCAGCCAUGAGGAACGUUCAAAGUUUAUCAGGUCGAAGUAUGAACUUCAACAAUUUCUGAAACCUAGCUUACGGAUUUCAUCGGGAAAGAAUUCUGCUUCUCUCCAAGCAAGUUUUUCUCGGAAAAUUUUAGAUAGUUUUCGAAAUGAGUGGUCUGAGGAUGAAGUAGGUAUGGUAGAGUUUAUUGGCUUAUUGAAAGUCAAAGUGAUAAAAGGCGUAAAUUUAGCUAUCAGAGAUAUGAUGUCAAGCGAUCCUUAUGUCGUUCUGAGUCUUGGACAGCAGACCACUCAGACGACUAUAAUCAAGAGCAACUUGAAUCCAGUUUGGAAUGAGGAGCUCAUGCUCUCAGUUCCUCAGGAUUACGGACCUGUAAAGUUGAGAGUGUUUGAUCACGAUACAUUUUCGUCGGAUGACAUAAUGGGAGAAGCAGAGAUUGAUAUCCAGCCUUUGCUAACAUCGGCCAUGGCGUUUGGCGACCCAGAAAUGUUUGCAAAUAUGCAGAUCGGGAAAUGGUUGAAAUCAGAUGACAACGCGCUUAUAGAGGACAGCAUCAUUAACAUUGUUGAUGGGAAGGUGAGACAGAAUAUAUUACUGAAGCUCCAGAAUGUGGAAUCUGGAGAAAUUGAGCUAGAACUAGAGUGGAUGCCGCUUGCGCAAUAGGUAUAUAUAAAUAAAUAUAUAUAAUUAUCAUUUGUACAACUCAUUUUAAUAAAAAUCUGUAAUUGAUUUAUUCUUAUGGAAUGGCACCAUACCUUGGCCUUUUCUAUUGUAUUUAUUCAUUUAACUUUCAAUAUUCUGUUCUCUCAUGUUUGCCGUUGUACUAAAAUUUGCUUGUUUGACGAAGAUUUGUAUUCUGUUUCUGUCCAUUUGCAAGAGGGUCAAAAUUACAAACAGAAGAGUUUGUUGAUACAAUUUGU